AAACGGCUAUCUAACAAAGAGGGAAGUGGCGGGCAGUCGAAUGGUAGUUGAACCGUGUCUGAACUCGCUAUUAAGCCCAUCUCUCAAACGCUCCCCCUGCACCCCAAGACACACGGAUCGGCAUUGGAAGAGAGUCGACCAUGUCGACGGCCUUCUUGUUCAUUGAUGUAACGAAGACUGACGCUGGCACGCGGAGGAAGGCGCGCAGCCAUGCCAUGAAAGGGAAGAAUGUGGGUAAGAAGCAUUACAACCGUCGCACGAAGAAGGCGAAACAACCUCAGCCCACAAUACACGACCUGGACUGCGCAACGUCAAUAGAUUCAGAUCCGCAGGAGGACCAGUAUAUGCAAGACUUCCUUCUACCGAUCUCGCCAGUGUUAUUGUACACAAUCGGGGAAGAUUUCAUCAUACCAAUGCAUCUCCAAACCAAUGCUACACCGCAGAGUCAGCAUGUCAUCAGGCAAUUCUUGUCCGAAGUCACGGAUUGCCUUAACCCCCCAGCGCUCUGUUUUACUCCCGAACAUGUCAAUCGCUGGUUGAGCGUGCUCUUCAGUAACCAGGCUGCAUACCACUGCACCAUGGCAUUGAUGGGGACUUUGAACCGGCACUUCUUUGGCAGGGACGUAGUAAACUCGGACAUUGUGUCACACCUUACGCAAGCAGUCGUACUGGUGAACCAGAGCCUAGACACACACGAAGCAACGUGUGAUGCAAACAUCUAUGUUGUCAACUUCAUGAUAGUCCAUGAACUCCUGAAUGGAGCCAAGGACAGGGCAUUGGUGCAUCUAAGGGGGUUACAGAAGAUGAUAGAACUGCGCGGAGGGAUAGUGGACCUGGAGCCCAACCUGAAGCUCUUGGCCAAGGUGUGCAAGACUGAUUUGGAUGUGACGCUUCACUUCGGCACGCCACCAGUCUUUUACCGGGACGAAAUGGUCGAGAUCUCCUCGCACAUGGCGUCUUGCGGUUUUGUCGGAACAGCGAGCUUUGCCAGCUUGAGGUGUUAUCGGGCGUUCAGGCACCUAAAUCCCUACCUCCAGCAGAUUCUCCUCGACGUCUGCAACGUCACGGCAUUCUUCACCCAGGGGUACCGGAUGGACCCCCACAUACUCCAAGAGACAAUCGCCUCGUUCGGGUACCGGCUUGUCCGCUUCCAACCCGUGGGCGUACCGCUCUUGCGCAGCCGGCUCGAGUCGAUCUGCCACAUCGCCCUGACGGCAUUGACGACGACUUUGUUCUUCCAGAUCGGUCGACGUCGCCUUAUGCAGUACCAGCUUCUCGGGAAGCACCUCAAGGACGUCGUGGCCGCCGGCUUGGAAGACGUGGAUCCGGAUGUCAGGCUCUGGCUUUUGUUUGUCGGUGGCGUCUCCGUGCUGCCCGAACGGGAGGAGAGCUGGCUGCUUACAAAAAUCCUAGAGACCGCUCGAGAAGGGUUAAUUCGGGAUUGGGAAGAUGCGCAUCGUCGAAUUAUGCACUUCCCUUGGAUCACGUCGCUACAUGACCUGGAGGCGGAGCGGUUUUGGUAUUCGGCCUUGAGGAUGGCGUAGAGGUGGAGUAACAUUUACCUGGACUACAUAGGUAUCACAUAAAGACGACAAGUAUGGUUCGAGGAGGCGAUCUGAACGAUACUUUUCGCAGAACUGAGACUUUGUUAACUACUGG